GAAAUAUUUUCUGACAAGUGGCAACGUUGCACCAGGGACGUUCACGCCUUGAUAUUCUCCAAGUGUCACUUCCACAACCGCUUUUUUUGGAUAUUAAAUAUUUUUCAGCAAAUUGUGCUGAUACUACAUUUCAAGAUAUUGAUCAGUCUGACAGGAAGGAGCAAUGCAGACCAUCAAGUGUGUUGUUGUGGGGGAUGGUGCAGUGGGUAAAACUUGUCUUCUGAUUUCUUAUACCACCAACAAGUUCCCGUCAGAAUAUGUUCCAACAGUAUUUGACAAUUAUGCUGUCACUGUUAUGAUUGGAGGUGAACCUUACACUCUUGGGUUGUUUGAUACAGCAGGUCAAGAAGAUUAUGACAGAUUAAGACCACUUAGUUAUCCACAGACUGAUGUGUUCUUGGUGUGUUUUUCUGUUGUCUCACCGUCGUCAUUUGAAAAUGUCAAAGAAAAGUGGGUUCCUGAAAUUACACACCACUGUCAGAAGACACCUUUCUUGUUAGUUGGAACGCAGAUCGAUCUGCGAGACGACGCGGCAACAGUAGAGAAGUUGGCAAAAAAUAAGCAAAGAGUGAUCACUAUCGACCAGGGAGAGAAGCUAGCUCGCGAACUGAAAGCAGUGAAAUACGUGGAGUGCUCUGCCCUCACUCAGAAAGGGUUGAAGAACGUCUUUGACGAAGCCAUCUUGGCAGCACUGGAACCUCCUGAGCCUAUCAAAAAGAGGAGGUGUAAUAUUCUGUGAGCAAGACAAAUUGACAGCAAAACAGGCAAAAUAAAAUUUCCUUUAUAUAAAAUAAGGAGAGCUAAAAAAAAACACUCUUAAAUGACACCUUGCUACUAACCAAUGGAAUUAUUCAACGAGAAGAUGGAAAAGCAAAAUACUGAUGAUACGUUCUUUUUGCCAGUUCUUGCAUUAACCAGUUUCAACGUGUCAUUAUCGUUUCGAUUAUUUUGUGUGUGCGUGCGCGUGUUUCGCAGGCCAUUUGCCGCGCUCUUCCAAUCUUCUUUUCAUUCAUCCUCUACCUUCUCGAUCUAGGAAAUAACACAUACCUGUUCUGUUGCUCUCCUUCCUUUCUCCUCUCUUUUCUUUGUUCAUAAAAAAGAAGUAAGCAUAACAAAAGAACUUUGGCCUCAUCAUUGUAAUCCUCAUCGCAAAACUUGUCUGUAUGGCAUAGGAGAGAAUAUACAAUAAAAUUUUCUCUUAUA